AAACAAAACUCACAUUGGUAAAAAAAAAGGCUCUUUUUCUCUCUUUGUAAACCAAAGUGAUGAGCAACCCCAUUGAACCAGCAACGUCAACGAGCGACCCGAAUUCGACUCCGAGCCCGACCAUUCUCCUCCAUCCGCGGCGCGAGCCUUUCGAGCACGGCCUCCUACCAAUCCAGAAGCUUGUAUUCACCGACCCGGUUCAAGCCCUAACCCCUCUCAAGCAACGGUUCUCCUCCUCCUCCUCAACUCACCGAGUCGUCUCCGCGGCCCUCUCCGAUGCACUUCAGACCUCGACCGACCAUGCGCGUCUCAUCCUCGAUACUCUCUCCUCGGUUCUCCACUCCGAAUCCGACCCGCUUGUCACUGCCCGCCCCGAGGAUGUCGACUCCGUUGGCGCCGAUUUGCGUGAUCUGAUCUUGUUUUUGUACAUUCAAUCCUACAAGAGACUUUUACCUCGCUCGCACAAGGACUCCGCUGCGGUUGCCGAUGUUUGGCCUUCGACGUCGGCUUUCGACGGUUUCUUGUCAGCCCUCUCGCCUUUGCAGCUUGUCCGCAGCAACACCUGCCGGUUUAUGCCAUCACAGGCUGAUGAGGAGGCCCACCAAUUGUCAUAUCUACAAAAGCACUUGGCUAACAUCCUCUCUCUUUUGUCAGAGCCGGUGGAGGGGGAAGGCGAAGAGUCUCAGGUUUUAACUAUGGAAGGAUUUGAGCACCUUGGAUUUCUGAUUCAGUUUGGUGAUAAGGGAUCUGAAGGAGUUCCUUUAAGCCAAGCUUCUCCUUUUUUUGCUAAUUCAGAUCCUGACAUGCCUGCUGUUCCUGUUCCCUCAUCACAAGUUCAUGAUUGGCUUCUAGAGAUCAUAGCUUCAUCUUUGGAGCAUGUUUCUGAAAAAAAUUCUGCAAAAGAAAGUGGUCUUGCAAGCAAUUCCGAUCAGGAUGUUGCUAUGGAUGACACUAACCCAAGUUCAGCCAAAGCCUCACAAAGUGCUAGAAGUCCCUUUUUCAUUAAGGGCAUCUCUAAAUCAUCUUAUGUAAAGCAGGCAUCAGAUCUUAACAAUUCCUCUGUGAAGGUCAUUAAUUGCCAUGAUUCAGUCAUUUAUGUUCUAGCACCUUUAAGAUAUGCCACCAUUUAUGGAUGCUCUGAUGCUACCAUAGUUCUUGGAGCUGUUGGCAAGGCAGUAAGAGUUGAACACUGUGAACGAGUUCAUGUGAUUAUAGCUUCAAAACGAGUUUGCAUUGUCAAUUGCCGUGAGUGUAUAUUCUAUUUGGGAGUGAACCAACGACCCCUUAUUGUUGGCGAUAACCACAAGCUACAGGUGGCACCAUAUAACACAUUCUAUUCUCAGUUGGAGGAACACAUGACUGAAGUCGGCAUUGUGGCAACUAUCAAUAGAUGGGAUGAACCUUUGGCACUCGGAGCGGCUGAUCCGCAUGAUUCAUUAUCUCAUCCUGCUGGAGUUGCCGAUGCUCAGACCGAACCUGCUACACGCCUAGAUCCUGAUCAGUUCACAAAUUUUCUGAUUCCAAACUGGUUUAAAGGUGAACUCACUGGGUCAACAAGGAAUAAUCCGUACCCCUUACCUGAUCCAUAUUUCGCAUCUCAACAGAGAAACCAAAAGAAUUUAGGUGAGAUACAGCAAAUACUGAGAGAAGCUCCUCUUGAAGAAAAUCGAAAAAGAGAAUUAUCAUGUGCACUUCAUGUAUACUUCAAAGACUGGUUAUACGCUUCGGGAAAUAUCCGUCAGUUGUACUGCUUACAAGGCGAGUGAUACCCGAAGGUAAAUCUGCAUUAUUAGAGGAUAGAAGAAUGGUUUAUGGCUUUCUUUCAGUUUCAAACCCUUUGCCUCCUGUGGGUUCAACAGGCAGCCGAUAAUCACCCGUUGUAAUUCGGAUCGGCACUAUGGAUUGGCAAUGCAAUCUGAUUAUAUGCCUCUACUAAUCUCAUUGUAAUAUUUUUUUUGGAUGGAAAGGGAAAUAAUGGUAUUGUUUUGUGAAUUUUUCUCAUCCCCAUGAUCUAGCCAUGUGUAGUUGAAUCUCUU